GAAUAUGGGGUAGUGUAUAUGAUUCCGAGCAUGCUCAGGCAGUCUAGAGUCGUUCUGUGUGACCCGAGAGCUAUUGCACAUUUCUACGCUCGCGAGACUCGGACAUAUGUGCAGACCCCCCUUUCGUUGGCGCUUCUGGAGUCAUCAAUUGGUAAAGGGUUGCUAUGGUCUCAUGGAGAAACCCACAGGAGGCAGCGGAAGGCCCUCGCGCCAGCAUUCAGUAAUGCGGUGAUCCGGAAACUCACAUCGGUGUUUUAUGACUCAGCAUACAAGGCCAAAGGACAAUGGGAUAAUGUUAUAGAAUUGAGUAAAGAUGACGAUGCGGUCAUUGAGGUCCAGAACUGGAUGAAUCAUAUAUCAUACGCGAAGAUAUUUUUCUUGGACAUGGUUGGAAUUGCUGGUUUCUCCCAUGAUUUUGGCUCUCUCGAUGGAAAGCCCGCCAGCGUGACCGAAGUGUUUGAUACAUUCGGAAGCAACCAAAAGGCUUCAGCAUCCUUCGUACUGGGUUCGAUACGCCAAUUACAUACGUGUACUUCAUGGUUACUCUACUAUGUAUGA